AUGGUGGCUAUAGCUUCCAUUGGUUGCCUCUAUGGCAACAAUGGGAGCUUCAAAGGGUCACCACCAAAUGAUGAACCACAGCCCGCAAACAACCACCACCUCGGUAUCCUGGCAUUCGAGGCUGCCAGGACCGUAUCCCGUCUUCUCAAUCUCUACAAAUCUCUCUCCGAUUUAGAAAUCUCAAAGCUUAGGAAAGAAGUCUUUAAAUCAACAGGCGUCGUGUAUCUAAAUUCAGACGAUGAAGGGUAUCUUUUAAAACUCGCAUGCGCAGAAAAGAUUGAAGAUCUUGACAAGGCUGCAUUGGCUGUUGACAGGCUUGGCAAGAAAUGUUCAGAUUUAAUGUUGCAUAACUUUGCCAUGAUUUACGCUGAUCUUAAAACUGGAGCGACGGAUUUAAGAAAAUAUGAAUAUGGAUCAAGCAAUACAAAGAAGAAAAUUCGUAAGCUAAAAAGAUUUUUGUCAUCUACAUUGAGUUUAUAUGGUUCCAUGCAAACUAAUUCUUCAGGAACAGAAAUAUUGGAAAAAAAACAGAACUCCCCUGUUCCUUUAAUGAACAUGAUCAAUUUUCCGGCUAUUGAAUGGAAAAUAACACCUCAUAAAAAACAUACUUGUGAUAUCAAAAAGACCAAUUUAUGGACACAACCUUUUGAAAAAGUUGUUAGAUUAAUGGCAAGGAUUGUACGUGUAAUAUACGCCAGGAUUUGUAUGGUGUUUGGACCAUAUGUGCCUGAUUUACCAGCAGCAUACCGAAGCAAAAAUAAACAAGUCGUAAAUAUCCUAUCUGAAUACUGGAUUCUUGAGCCAAGAAUCGAUAACAGAGGUUCUGGGCCACGACUCAUUAGAUCAAAAUCAAAAAAAAAAUUCGUGAAGUUUUAUAGCCGGAAAGUGAAGAUACCAACUAGUGAAGCUCCUGUGUUUCAUACAGCCGGGCCAAAUACUAUUGGCUGGUCACGUUUACAAAUUCUUUACGCUAACUUGAUUAUGAUGGCUGAGGAAAACAUGACUCGAAAGAAAGUAAGAGAUGAUGUUCGAGAUGAGAUGUAUAGAAUGUUACCAGAACAUUUAAAAGCCAUGGUGAAGUUAAAGAUCAGGAAAAUGAAAGAGUGCCGCGUGAUUGACGAAAAGGGGAAAAUGAAGGAAUCAUUAAGGAAGACAUUCAUGUGGCUUUCACCGAUGGCAACUAACACGUUGUUGUGGCAACGAGAGAGGAGGGUGGAGAUGACACAUAGUUUUGAGAUGAGGCCUCCAGUGUUGUUAUUGCAGACACUGCAUUUUGCAGAUAAAGAGAAGACGGAAGCUGCCAUUGUUGAGGUAUUAGUGGGUUUGAGCUUUUUAUACAUGCAAGAGAAUUGCCAGGUGCCUGAAGAUUGA